GGGUUCUCCUCCGGUUUGGAGGCAUCAUGGCCGCUAAGUCAGACGGGAGGCUGAAAAUGAAGAAGAGCAGCGACGUGGCGUUCACCCCGCUGCAGAACUCAGACCACUCGGGUUCGGUGCAGGGAUUGGCUCCGGGCUUGCCGUCGGGGUCGGGAGCCGAGGACGAGGAGGCGGCUGGGGGCGGCUGCUGCCCGGACGGCGGCGGCUGUUCGCACUGCUGCUGCUGUUGCUCGGGCAGCGGUGGCUCGGGCGGCGGCUCCGGGGGCUCCGGCGGCCCGGGCGGCAGCGUUGGUGGCCCCGGCGGCGGGGCAAGCUCGGCGGCGCUGUGCCUGCGCCUGGGCGGGGAGCAACGGCGCUACUCGCUGUGGGACUGCCUCUGGAUCCUGGCCGCCGUGGCCGUGUACUUUGCGGACGUGGGCACGGACAUCUGGCUUGCCGUGGACUACUACUUGCGCGGCCAGCGCUGGUGGUUCGGACUCACGCUCUUCUUCGUGGUGCUUGGCUCGCUCUCAGUGCAAGUGUUCAGCUUCCGCUGGUUUGUUCACGAUUUCAGCACCGAGGACAGCGCCACCGCCGCCGCUGCCGCCUCCAGCUGCUCGCAGCCUGGAGCCGAUUGCAAGACGCUGGUUAGAAGUGGAUCUGCAGCCGCGGAAGGAGAGGUUCGUCCUUCCACGCCUCAAAGGCAAGCAUCCAACGCCAGCAAGAGCAACAUCGCCGCUCCCAACACUGGCAGCAACAGCAGCGGGGCCAGCGGCAAACACAGGUCUGCCUCCUGCUCCUUCUGCAUCUGGCUCCUGCAGUCACUCAUCCACAUCUUGCAGCUCGGGCAAAUCUGGAGAUAUUUCCACACAAUAUACUUAGGUAUUCGAAGCCGACAGAGUGGGGAGAAUGACAGAUGGAGGUUUUACUGGAAAAUGGUGUAUGAGUAUGCAGAUGUGAGUAUGCUGCAUUUGCUAGCCACCUUUCUGGAAAGUGCUCCACAGCUGGUCCUGCAGCUCUGCAUUAUCGUACAGACUCAUAGCUUACAGGCCCUCCAAGGUUUCACAGCGGCAGCCUCCCUGGUGUCUUUGGCUUGGGCCUUGGCCUCAUACCAGAAGGCCCUCCGGGACUCCCGAGAUGACAAGAAGCCCAUCAGCUACAUGGCUGUUGUCAUCCAGUUCUGCUGGCACUUCUUCACCAUCGCUGCCAGGGUCAUCACCUUUGCCCUCUUUGCCUCGGUUUUCCAGCUGUACUUUGGGAUCUUCAUCGUCCUUCACUGGUGCAUCAUGACCUUCUGGAUCGUCCACUGUGAGACAGAAUUCUGUAUCACCAAAUGGGAAGAGAUCGUGUUCGACAUGGUGGUGGGGAUCAUCUACAUCUUCAGCUGGUUCAACGUCAAGGAAGGCAGGACACGCUGCAGGCUCUUCAUUUACUAUUUUGUGAUCCUUUUGGAAAAUACAGCCUUGAGUGCCCUCUGGUACCUCUACAAGGCUCCCCAGAUUGCAGAUGCAUUUGCCAUCCCGGCGCUGUGUGUGGUGUUCAGCAGCUUUCUAACGGGCGUGGUUUUUAUGCUGAUGUAUUAUGCCUUCUUUCACCCCAACGGACCCAGAUUCGGGCAGUCACCAAGUUGUGCUUGUGAGGACCCCGUCGCUGCCUUCACCCUGCCUCCAGAAGUGGCCACGAGCACUCUGCGGUCCAUCUCCAACAACCGCAGUGUGGUCAGUGACCGCGACCAGAAAUUUGCAGAGCGGGAUGGGUGCGUACCUGUCUUUCAGGUGAGACCCACGGCCCCAUCCACCCCAUCAUCGCGCCCACCACGGAUUGAAGAAUCUGUCAUUAAAAUUGACCUGUUCAGGAAUAGGUACCCAGCGUGGGAGAGACAUGUUUUGGACCGAAGCCUCCGAAAGGCCAUUUUAGCCUUUGAAUGUUCCCCGUCUCCUCCAAGGCUGCAGUACAAAGAUGACGCCCUUAUUCAGGAGCGGUUGGAGUAUGAAACCACUUUAUAAAAACAAAAAGACUGGGAGGAGCCACAACUGCCAGAUAAAGGGUGGUGGCAGGCCUGUGGCAAUAAUGAAACUCCAUCCUCGAGUAGGGAAAUGAGCUGUCAUGCUUGUAGUCUGACCGUCGUCAUGGUUACUGUCUGACCCUCCAUCAGCUGACUGCCUGCUGCUGGUCUUCUUUCAAACAGCAGCCCCGACAGUCUCCUGCCACUGGGAGGACUCCUGGUUGCUACCAACUUCUCCUACACUGUCUUUCAGCGCAUCCACUGGAGGGUCCUAUGAAUAUGGAAAAUGUUGCCUCUGAUCCAUAGGGUGUUUUGAUGAAAUUAACUGAUCUCUGCAUAAAAAUAUAUUGUCAUAACACACAUACAUGCACACACAUACACUAACACACACACAACACCAGUCCUCUGUCAAAAUAGCUUAGGUGAUUUUUCUUGAUGAAAAGCUCUGAUUCUCACAGGAAUAUUAAAACCGGGAGAGAAUAUAUCCCUCAAGACUCCAGAAAAAAAGUAGUACUGCUUAGAAAAGAAUUCAUAAACCAUGCUCAUUUGGAAAUCAAUACAUACCAUGUGUGAAAAGCCUGUCCAGUGGACAGCAAACUCAAGUGUGUUUACACGUGUAUUAGGAGUGAAGGAAUGGUUCGUUUUCAACACAUUUCAGGAUUGGUUUUUUAAUCUUAAGUUUCCAGUUGAGAACAUCUUUAAUGACAGAAAUCCUAUGCAGCACAUGUAUGGCGUUUGGUAAGACCAAGGAGCUCGCUAACUUAGUGACAUAAAGUAAAUGGCAAUCGUGAUUCAGUAUUCAAUUGCAAAAAUUUAAUAAAUACCGGAAGAGAAAGUGGGAAAAAAGGCAAAAUGAGCGUCUGAUUUCUCGGCCUGUGCAGUGCACAUUGGAACGUAAGAGCAGAUUGGCGAGAGAGGACCGGGUUGGAACUGGAUGUGUCAGAUCUCAGAAGGCGUGGCUCUGCCUGAGCUCAGGUAGGCAUGAUUCCAGAACACGCCAUGCCCCAUCUUUCUAGUGCCAAACACCGUCCAAUCCCAGGAUUCACCUGGAAGCCCUGGAUAACUGAGAUGGAGCGGCAUGAGCCCCACAGAAGCGGAAACUAGAAUGAACAUUCAAGUUCUCCACUGUGUACAGACUCCCCCACCACCACCACCAAUUCAAGGUCAAAGUGAUGUGUCUUUUAGAGGCUUUGGGACACUUUUUAGUAAGUAUGAGCAGACAAAUGCAGUGAAUAUGCUAGGGGAAAACCCUUCUGAACUGAUUGAGGGCUUAUCACUAAAUCCAGUUAAGAUCUGCAUUUGAAUCAUUUGUAAAGUUGUACUCUUACAACAAGCUUCUGGUUUUAAAUACCUCCGUACAGCAAAUAAGCGUUCCCCAUUUUCUGUUCCCAGUGUCCUCGGUCAUGGUGCUUUUUGUUGCAUUAAAAGUGCCAGUCAAACUUUGAUAGUAUUUUUUUAUAAUUGGUGCAGAGUGGAAUAACUCAUGGAUUAUUUCAAUAUUUUUGUAAUAAAGAAAUAUAGGGUGUACAUAUAGGUAUCAUCACCUUUUUUAUAGACCUGGAACUGUUUAAAAUACUCUAAGCAUCACAAUUAUUUGGGAUGUCAGAAACUGGUCCACAAAUUCCAUCAGUCUGCCUUGGCAGAUUGAGAACACUUGUCUUUUGCAUAAUCACCCGACUGUGCCAUGUCUGUGUCCCCAGGAACCUGGCCAGGGGUGCUGUCAGGAUAUCAGGUGAUGAGAGAAUCAGCUUAACUAGAAAGGGCUUGUCAAGACUGACCAUUGUUUUCCAGGAAAUAAAAGAUGUAAAUGGUUACUUUCAUCCAUCCAUUAUGACAAACUUGACCACAGUGGAAGAUGUCUUAAAUUUCCUUCCCUAGUUUAUAUCAACCCAACUGACAUAUUAGUCAA